UCCCCGGGCGCCGCCGGGCCGCAGAGCCGAUGCUGCCCCGACGGCGGCGGGCUGGGUCCGCUGUCCCGGCCGCUCGCGCCGCGCCCCCCGGCCCGCGCUUCCCGCACGUCGCCCUGUACCUGGCCGAGCCGCGCAUGGGCCGCAGCCGCCGCGCCUUCCUCGCUCACCUGGCGCGCUCCAAGGGCUUCCGAGUGCUGGACGCCUGCAGCUCCGAGGUGACGCACGUGGUGAUGGAGCACACCUCCGCGGAGGAGGCCGGCCGCUGGUGGCAGCGCCAGGAGGCUGCCCCUGCCCCGGGCUGCCACAGCCCAGCGCUGCUGGACAUCAGCUGGUUCACGGAGAGUAUGGCCGCGGGGCAGCCUGUCCCUGUGGAGAGCCGCCACCGCCUGGAGGUGGUCACACCUGAAAAGGAGCCGUCGAACCCUGUAUGGUUAUUGCCCUAUGCCUGCCAGCGUCCCACGCCCCUCACACACCACAACGCCCACCUCUCUGACGCUCUGGAGCUGCUGGCAGAAGCGGCAGUUUUCGAAGGCAGCGAGGGCCGCGGUCUCUCCUUCAGCCGGGCAGCCUCAGUGCUCAAGGCGCUGCCCAGCCCGCUCGCAGCCGCCAGCCAGCUGCAGGCCCUGCCCCACUUUGGGGAGCACUCCAGAAGGGUCGUCCAGGAGCUGCUGGAAGAAGGUGUGUGCGAGGAGGUGGAGAAGGUCCGGCGCUCAGAGAGGUACCAGGCCAUGAAGCUCUUCACUGGAAUCUUCGGUGUUGGGGUGAGAAUUGCUGACCAGUGGUUCCAGGACGGCCUGCGGACUCUGGAGGACCUGCGUGAGCAGCCCCAGAGACUAAGCCAGCAGCAGGAAGUAGGACUGGAGCACUUCCGGGACCUCAGCACCCUGGUCCGGUGGCCCGACGUGGAGGCCCUACGGCAGCUGGUGGUGGCAGCCGUGGAUCAGGCCCUUCCUGGGGCCUCUGUCACACUGGCUGGCGGCUUCCGGAGGGGAAAGCUGCAGGGCCACGAUGUGGAUUUUCUCAUCACGCACCCCCAGGAAGGCCGGGAGGCUGGGCUGCUGCCCGCCGUGCUGCAGCACUUGAAGGAGCAGGGCCUGCUCCUGUACCACCAGUACCACCGCCGCUGCCACAGGGCUACCGCCGGGCCGCCACAGCACAGCCACACCAUGGACGCCUUUGAGAGGAGCUUCUGCGUCUUCUGCCUGCCGCUCCCCCAGGGGGCGGCCGGGGAGGACCCCCUGCAGCCUGGGCCCACCUGGAAGGCUGUGCGGGUGGACCUGGUGGUGGCCCCGGACAGUGAGUUCCCCUUUGCCCUGCUCGGCUGGACCGGCUCUAAGCAUUUCGAGCGGGAGCUGCGGCGCUUUAGCCGAAAGGAGCGAGGACUGUGGCUGAACAGCCACGGGCUCUGGGACCCGCAGCAGAAGAGGUGUUUGCACGCAGCAUCUGAGGAAGACAUCUUCAGACACCUGGACCUCGAGUACCUUCCCCCGGAGCAGAGAAAUGCCUGAUCCUGGAGACCGGCGCCCCCUCCCAGGCUCCCCUGGGUGGCUGCGGAGAGCAGGCAUGCUGCUGACCUCCUUCCCAGGUCCCGACGGCGAGGAACCGGGCAUGGAAUUUGCCACAGUCCUCGGUGAUGAGGAGGGCAGUGCCUGCCGCCACCCAGAGGCCAGGAGGUUGUUCCUGCCUGGGCACUAGCCCUGCCAGCUGUGUGUGAGGCCACGUUGAGCCCUGACCCUGGGCCAGGCGCCCACUUACCUCCCUGAGCUAUGGGGUCAGCUGAGUGGGCACAGAGAACCGAGCGUCCAGAUGUGGGCCUGGGAGCUGGGAGGUGGAGGCUGGAGCUCUGCGUCCACAGGGGGCCGCUACAGGGUGUAGCCGCCUGAGAGGGCACAGGAGGGGGUGGGAGGGAGGCAGCAGAGGGCCCACACUGACCACCGUGGCUCCUGGUCAGAUGCCUGGAAACAGACCCAGAGGCCUCACUCUGACUCAGGGCUCAGCGCCCCUCACCUCACUCAGUAAAUCAGUUUGCACAGCCCCUCUCAAGCCCCUGCAGCCCCCUAAGAUGUAUUUCUGCCUACUGUCCAUUAAUUGCCUGGACACCAACAAGGCUGGCGUAUGGCCCUUGUCACUGAACCUCAGGGCAGAGGCCUGAGGCGUGUUUGGGG